GAAGUGUUUGCAUGUUGGCACGUGCGGCACUUUGGAUCCUUGGAUACUUUACCUGAAACACAACCCAGGAGCGUAGGUUGGGCUCCACACAAGCGUGGCAAGGCUGGAAGUGGAGAGCCCACCUUCACUCACACUUUUAACUUUGCUACGAAAAGAAACAGAGACAGAAAAGAAGAUCCUCGUGGCACUUUUAAAGCCGAUGGGUUUAUUUUAACAUGGGCUUUUGUGGAUUAUAAUUUCCUGCCUCUCACUGUGAUAGAAUAUAAUUCACGGGUCUCAGGUGUACAUGCAGAGUUACAUAACUGUGCUUUUAACCUUGAGACACAGCUACUCCUGGCUCUGAGAAACAAGUGAAAGGUUGGCCAUGAUCACUGUGGAACACAACUCAGUUCUGUAAAGGAUCCCCGGAUCUCAGGAUCUUGCUCUAAAGUCUCAGGAUCUGGUCCCACAUGGGAGGAAUCUCAGGAGGCUGUUCAGUUCUGUUUUCUUGUUCUCCUCUGGCAAACAGCUAGUGAUUCGCCUCCAAAAGAAUCAUCCCCUGGUGAAGGGCAAGAGCAUCAUCUGUCCUGGAACCACUGACUUUCCUUUACUCUUUCAUCCAUCCAGUUUUGAGUGUGAGCAGAGUUUUGCCUGCUGGAAUUUUGGUGCAUCAUAUUGGAGCAUCACUCUCACCUUGGUUGUGUUGGCCGUCUGUCUUCUGUCCUAGCAGGAAUGCCAAGCCUGACCUCCCCACCUCCUCACUCCAGGCCUGGAGUACCAGAAACAAGCCUCGGACUUAGUCUGGAUGACUUUAUCCCUUCACACCUCCAGAGAAACUCACCCUUUGCCAACAGCACAAGCCCGAUACCUCCUCAGGCCACCUCUACUCCGCAGUCUGUGCAAGCCACCUCUCGCCGCAGAGUGCCUGUUAUCCGCAAUUGUGGUUCAAACACCCUGAAUUUUGAGUUCCAUGACACAGCCCCUCGCACCGUGUACAAUGGGAUAUCUCAUCUGCAGCCACAGAAAACAACCCAGUGGAACAACUCAGGAAAUAAUUGGUACCCAACCUGGCCCACAAAAGAAAUUAGGCCACCAAAGUCUCAAGCUACACCUGUCCCCUCUCUCCCUGGUUCAUCCAUGAGCCCAGCUGUGAAUGGCACAGGUCAGCAAGGCUGGUCAGCUACUUGGACAAAGGAUGGCAGGAGGAAGGAAAAACGCUGGUUGAAGUAUGAUGGGAUUGGACCAGUGGAUGAGACGGGGAUGCCUAUCGCCUCGCGAUCGAGUGUGGAUAGCCCCCGGGACUGGUAUCGCAGCAUGUUUCAUCAGAUCCACAGCAAGUUGCCCGAACCAGAUGUGGACUGGGACUUCUCCUACAAACCCAAAGAUUACAGAUCCCCAGCGCUCUUGAAAAAGACCCAUUCACCAGCCCAGACAUCAAACAAUUUAUACUGUGGACAGAAUGGCUUGGAUUGGAGAACUUGGGAACCAGCUAAUGUUGCUGCCACAGAGCCCAGGAGCAUCUUUGACUACGAACCCGGGAAAUCAUCCAUCCUCACUGAUUCCAUUUCGCCUAAGAAGCCCUUCAACACAUCUCCAGCACAAGCCCGGCCAGCCUCCCCACCCAUUGAGGAAUUGCUGGAAAAGGAGCUGCAGCAGCUCAGCGAACAGUUGGACAAGGACAUUAAAGCCAUUGAGAGGCGGCAGCUCGCUCACAAGGGUUUCUCCUCGUCCCUCGCCUCCGCUAGUCCCUCUUCUUCAGCCUCUGCUGCCCAGCGCAGCCUGCUGCCUAGCCAUAGUGGCUAUCCUUCUGCUGGACAGAGUCCUCCUGUGACCCGGUCCUACAUACUGGCCAGCCCUAGAAUGGAGAAGGGAAGCCCAGGCAUCACCAGGAACAACUGGAGCAGUUCCCCACCCAGGAAUGAUCCUCUGAGGCUUGUUGGACAAGCUCCCUUCCUUGAUUCUAUGGAAAAUUUCCUGGAUAGUCCCCCAAAGAAAGAUGAGAAGAAGAUGAAAGCUGCUCGACUCAAAUUUGAUUUCCAAGCAGAGUCACCAAAGGAACUGACCUUACAGAAGGGGGACAUUGUCUACAUCCACAAGGAAGUGGACAAAAACUGGCUGGAAGGAGAGCAUCAUGGCAGGGUGGGUAUUUUCCCUGCCAACUAUGUUGAGGUCCUGCCUCCAACUGAAAUCCCCAAGCCUAUUAAAUCCCCCACCAUCCAGGUCCUGGAAUAUGGAGAGGCUGUGGCGCAGUACAAUUUCAAAGGGGACCUGCCAGUGGAGCUGUCAUUUCGGAAGGGUGAACGCAUCUGCCUGGUCCGCCGAGUGGAUGGAAACUGGUACGAAGGACGCAUCUCUGGCACUAACCGCCAGGGUAUUUUCCCAGCCAGCUAUGUGCAGGUGGGAAAGGAGCCAAGAGUCAAGAACUCCGACUCUGAGUUUCCUUCUUCUCCAAGCCUCCGGGUUCGUUCGGCUUCGCCAUCCCAGUUGCAUUCCCCCAAUGCGAGCACCAGAUGGCAGCCAGACACCUCGCCUUUCAGCACGCAGAGCUCCUUGGCCACAGAUGUGCCAUCGUCCUCCUCCUCCAGCCACUCUGGAUUCACUUUCCCCGUGUCCCCCAAGUUAGAACAUGUUGAAGCUGUGCCCCGCAGACCCCAAAGCUCUCCAAGAGUAGCGUCGGGCAGUCUCCAAAACCAGAGUCCAGUCAAAACUUCUAGCCACAACUUGCCACCUGCCUCUUCCUUCCAGACGCAUGAGCUUCCAAGACCUGCUGCCCCUCUCUUGGCUCCAAAGCUACGGACUGCCUUCCAACAGCAGGACUCAGCCCUUGAGACGGCCGCUUCUUCUCAGUCUCCCCAGUUGCGUAGCCCUGGGCAAAUGUCCGAAGCUCCCCCAUCCAGUAUACAGUGGACCCCGUACCUGGCUCUUUAUCAGUAUAGACCGCAGAAUGAAGAUGAGCUAGAGCUCCACGAAGGAGACCGAGUGGAUGUGAUGCAGCAGUGCGAUGAUGGCUGGUUUGUGGGCGUCUCUAGAAGAACGCAAAAAUUUGGCACUUUCCCUGGUAACUACGUUGCCCCUGUGUGACUGUCCUGCAGCGAACCCCUUGUGCCCCAAAUGGAGAAUGAAUCAGUCUCUUCUGCACUGGUUUCCCUGGAGUGAGGCUCUCAAGACUGUAGGCAAGGAAUGGAAAGAAGAGAUGAUGUGAGAACCAACCUUGAUCCCUAAGUUCUCUUCAACAAAACCUUAACCUUUGUUACCUAGCAUCCUCUGUGCCUUGCCUUCCAGUGAUGUAUCCUGGCCUCCCCUUUAUUGGAGCAGUUACAGGCUUAUUUCUUUUCCCAUUAUUUACAGAAGGCCAGUCUUUCCAUGACAAAGUAGAGCCUUACCCUGAGCAGAAAGUACUGGUGUCUCCCAGAUUCUGUCCUGCUGCUCCAACUAAAUUUCUACUUAAUGAAUUAAUCUGGCGUUUCAUCCAAAGAGAGGUGAAGAGAGGCCGUGCCCCAGUGGCUGUCCUACACUACAUCUCCCAUGCAAAAAGAUACACCUCCCUGGAAUGUACUGGAUGCUAUAUUGAUGGCUGAAGACUUAUUGUGUGAUCAACAUCCCAGUACCAUUGCUGAACUAGCUGGGCUACUAAUAGAGAUGUAUCUCAGGUCCCAUGGAAUGGCUGGGAUCUGCUAACAAAAGGCUGUGACAUGGAUCCAUAUGCAGCGAAACACACUGCAUGGCCACUAGUAUGAACAUUUUCAUACCUUGCCUAACUUCUCAAAAGGUUUUGUUUACUGAACCUUGAUUUAAACAGCUUCUCCACCUGAUUUUAGCACUUGGAGCUAAACAACAUGCAGUUAUUGCUCUUUACUAUUAAGCCCUGCAGGAACGUGGGUGUGUGAUUUUUAUCUUUAUUACCUUUUAUUUGUUUGUCAAACUCCAACAAGGCGUGAAUCUUUGGGAGAAUUAGAAUACCAAGAGCUACUUUGCUGUUGAGGCACAAUAUGGCAUUCCUUCUUCCAAAGCUGAUCCUUCUUGAGGUGCCCUCUCCUGCCCAGUUUAACUCCCAAUAACGGCAAUAGUUAUUAUCCCUGAUCACUGAGGUUACUAACUUUGAUGCUAAUAGCCUAAAAUCAGAAACAAUGGUGGUUCUCUGCUGCUGCUUUUGCAUAUACAGUCCAUAUUUUUUCAAAGUUGUAUCUCAUGUCCAGCUGCAGAAGCCAGGGACCAAUGCAAGGGUCCUGUGGUAGAAUGUGUUGCCCAGCUGUGUUGCCUCUUUCCACCAUUUUACUUCCUUGAUCUUUCCAUUCCAGGAAUCUCCUUUCAACUCCAAAGUUAGGGGUCAAGGCCAGAGGGGAGAUAUCUGGGGACAAAAUACCCAUCUACACACAAGAAGCGUUGUUCUCAAACUCCUGGGGGCUGCAGCUGGUGAGGCAGGGGAGCAGAGGAAAGAAAGAGGAGAAGAUCGUAUCGGGUCUGAACACUGAGAUAUCUGUGCUGCCUGCAGCUCCAUGCAUAGUACUAACAGUCUCGUCCCUCUAUGCGACAACUAAACAACUGCACAUUGACACAGUCCUAGUUCUAGGAUAGGAAAUUUUCUGGUUGGAACCAGCCAUGUGUAAACAGGGCCAGAGAGCGUGGUGUAGUGAUAUGAGCAUUGGACAACGGCUCUGGAGACCAACGUUCAAUUCCCUGCUUGGCUAUGGAAAACCACUGGGUGACUUUGGGUGAGUCACACACCCUUAGCCCCAGAAAACCCCAUGAUAGAGUCACCUUAGGGUCACCAUAAGCCAAAAAUGACUCGAAGGCACACAACAACAAAACAGGACCAGUUGCUCUUUGUUUGCAAUCACAUCUCAGCAGAUUCAGGUUCUGCCUCUCAAUUCAGUGGUUUUCAGACAUUCUACCUCUGGGGAAUACUUUCUGGCUGCCACAACAAUUUGCAUCUGCCACUGAACCCAGUGCAUUGCAAAGAAUUCUCUCGCAUGUUCUAAGGCUUAGAGUCUCACUCAGCUGCCUUUAUAACCUACAUCCUGAGAGUGAUGCCUCUGCACAUUUUCAAAGGGAUAGGGACUUCUCCAUCUCACAGACAUCUGUUUGCUAUUACUGAUCUCCAGGACAAAUUUGUAAGGCAUCCCAGGUUUCCUUUAAGUUUGAAAACUGGUGGGAAAGUAGUAGCAAUGUGGUGUUGGAGGACAGAGCUGAGGAUAUUGUUUCAUCACCAGUCCUGAAGGAAAACUCAAAAUCUUUAUUACAUGAGAAAAGAAAGCCACAACGGUGUAGGAGAGUAUCCGCUUUCUCUGUGCCUGUCUGUAUGCGCCGUAGCACUUUUGUUCUCUUCCUGAGAGAGAAGGUAAUAAAAGUGUCUCUUUUGUUAUGCUGGAAAAAUCAGUUUGACAAAAGGCACACUUUUAUGACCCUCUCAAGAAGGAGGGCGCAAGUCCUCUGAGGGUUUGCGGAGGCAUGGAGCAAGUUGCUACUCUCCCAUUCCCUUUUGUCUUUUUUCCCUCGUGCGAUAAGGCCCCAAGUACUCCUUCAAUUGGUUUUUGAAUGAGUUUAUAUAAGCAUCAUCUUGGCCUUUGGUUCUGACCACAAAAUAUCUUGACCCAGUACAAAAAAUGCUGUUUGAUUGGUUAGGCCUGGGAAAACAAGGAUUGUUUAUAUUAUUAUCUAUGCAGCUUGUCCUCUCAAUAAAACGCCAUUGAACUAACA